AUGCUGCCCGGGCUCAGGAGCCUGCUGCAAGGUCCCGCCCCGGCCUGCCUCCUGCUGAUGCUCCUGGCCCUGCCCCCAGCUGCCCCCAGCUGCCCCAUGCUCUGUACCUGCUACUCGUCCCCGCCCACCGUGAGCUGCCAGGCCAACAACUUCUCGUCGGUGCCGCUGUCCCUGCCGCCCAGCACGCAGCGCCUAUUCCUGCAGAACAACCUCAUCCGCACGCUGCGGCCCGGCACCUUCGGGCCUAACCUGCUCACUCUGUGGCUCUUCUCCAACAACCUCUCCGCCAUCUAUCCGGGCACCUUCCGCCACCUGCAGGCGCUCGAGGAGCUGGACCUCGGCGACAACCGGCACCUGCGCUCUCUGGAGCCCGACACCUUCCAGGGCCUGGAGCGGCUGCAGUCGCUACAUCUGUACCGCUGUCAGCUCAGCAGCCUGCCGGGCAACAUCUUCCGCGGCCUGGUCAGCCUGCAGUACCUCUACCUCCAGGAAAACAGCCUGCUCCACCUACAGGAUGACCUGUUCGCGGACCUGGCCAACCUGAGCCACCUCUUCCUCCACGGGAACCGCCUGCGGCUGCUCACGGAGCACGUGUUCCGCGGCCUGGGCAGUCUGGACCGGCUGCUGCUGCACGGGAACCGGCUGCAGGGCGUGCACCGCGCGGCCUUCCGCGGCCUCAGCCGCCUCACCAUCCUCUACCUGUUCAACAACAGCCUGGCCUCGCUGCCGGGCGAGGCGCUCGCUGACCUGCCGGCGCUGGAGUUCCUGCGGCUCAACGCCAACCCCUGGGCGUGCGACUGCCGCGCGCGGCCGCUCUGGGCCUGGUUCCAGCGCGCGCGCGUGUCCAGCUCCGACGUGACGUGCGCCACGCCCCCGGAGCGCCAGGGCCGCGACCUGCGCUCCCUCCGCGAGGCCGACUUCCAGGCCUGCCCGCCCGCCGUGCCCACGCGGCCCGGCAGCCGCGCCCGCGGCAACAGCUCGUCCAACCACCUGUACGGGGUGGCCGAGGCCGGGGCGCCCCCCGCCGACCCCUCCACCCUCUACCGAGACCUGCCAGCCGAAGACCCGCGGGGGCGCCAGGGCGGGGACGCCCCCACCGAGGACGACUACUGGGAGAGCUACGGGGGCGAGGACCAGCGGGGCGAGCAGACGUGCCCCGGCGCUGCCUGCCAGGCGACCCCGGACUCCCGCGGCCCCGCGCUCUCGGCCGGGCUCCCCACCCCUCUGCUUUGCGUCUUGCUCCUGGUCCCCCACCACCUCUGACUGCGGUGCUGAGACUGAAGAGGCCGGUGUGUCUCGCUCCCCCUCUUCCCUCAUCCCCAUCCCCAGCUGCGGCUCCGGCCCCAGUCCCCGCCCUCUGGCCCUGCGGCCUUGCUGCCUUCUUUCCGCUCCCAGCUCCUCUCUUCCCCUGGGACCAGGCCACCUCUCCCUGCCUCCCAGGCUGCUGGCUUAUGGCAGCCCCAGGAGGACACAUCUGGUGGCUCAGCCCUGUUCUCCCCGACUCUGGCCGUUAACCCGUUCCCAUCCCAAGGCUGGGGUGGGCACCCCAGGCAGCCGCUGACCACUUCUCCCAGUGCCCACAGUGGACUCGGGACGGGCUUUGUCUGCAGAGCAUCUUCCACCAGCAGAGCCUUUGGAAGCUCCCGGGAAGGGAGCCCUGCCCAGGAGCCCUUUGGAGGGAUGCUUCAGUCGGGGCCAGGCCAACCCUAGGCCCCUGCUUAUCCUAGCACCCCUCAACCUCCCGACACUGGAGAAAUACUUUUCUCCUGUCUACCUUGGACACUUUUUAGGGUGCCUGGAGAGAGCUUUCCUCUCCACCGUGGCCCCUGUGUGGUGAAGAUCAACAGAAGUUGUUUGGGAAAAAAAAAAUUUAUUAAAAAAUUCUAUUAUUUUA